AUGUAUAUCAAGAAUAUCACCCGCAAGCGUAUAAAGCUACAAAAGCGCGAGCUAAACAUGUCCUGCAGUGAAGUGAAAGCCCGCAUACUACCUCCAAAAGGUCUGAAGAAAUUGAAGUUUGGUGUGGCUUAUGCUCGCAUUGUCUAUGAGAGCUACGAGUUUAUCGAAGACGAAAUCAGAUCCAGCUUUCACCCGCAGAAUUUUUUCUGUUUCUCGGUGGAUUCAAAAGCAGAAGAUGAUUUGUACUCCAAGAUUGUUGCGCUUUCGAUAUGUCUGCCCAACGUUUUGAUAUCUUCAACGCGCUAUCCUAUAAGUGGCGGAGGAUACAACAUGAAUCGAGCUCAUUACGACUGCCUAAAGCUCCUCUCUAAGUUUGAAGGUUGGCAAUACGCUAUACUGCUUCAGAAUUACGACAUGAUGAUUAAGUCUGUGUAUGAGACUGUCUUGAUUCUGGAAAAGCUUAACGGUGCAAAUGAUAUUUGCACUAGACCAUGCGAACUCAAUAGGUGGGAUCACACAGCGAAAUGGGAUGCACGUUCACUCAAACUCUUUCGCAACGAGUCACAAGCAACAGCCACACAGCUAGCAGCCAAUCUAACAAUGAUGCGAGAAAUGGUCCAAUCUUCAAUAAGCAGAGCCGCUGUCGAUUGGGCUGUCAAUACCGUUGACUUGACCACGCUCAUCAGCCAAAUAAAUACCUGCGUCAGUUGUUGCAAAACAUUUGGUUUUGAUUUAAUUCGUUCCGAAACCGCAACUGUGGGCGCCCAUCUGUAA